CUAAAUCGAAAUUUGAAAUGCAGUCGUUUUAGUCCAACUUAAUUGACAACUUCUUUAUUCCAAGUUGGUAGUUGGAGCCUUCUCCCUCUGGGUCCUCUUUCUCACUUGCGAAUUGUGAAUUGAUUAUUAUUUUAUAAUUUAUAAUAAAAAAAGAAAGAAAGAAGAGACAGAUUCACUGGUCAAAAAAGAACAAUGAAGAAGAAGAAAAAAAUGGGUUUUGUUCCAUUAGUCGGAUGUUUUAACGCGGGACGGCCGUCGCCUGGAUUUCAGUCUAUCUUUGCUUCGACGAAAUCAUAAUCAGAAAUAGUUGAAUUGGCGCGCCCCGGAUGGGAGGUCACUGCUCUAAGGAUUCGGAUUCCAAUGUUGAUUAUCAUAAGAGCAAGAAGAAAGAGGGAUUGCAAGUGAAGAAACAGUCUCAAGAGUCUAAAAAACCAAAUGUUCCAUUGGAUGAUUUUUAUGAUGGAAUUCCUCGCUAUCAAUCCCUCAAAUCAAGGUCCUUGCGCUCUAGGCAAUCUGCGGUUGCUAAGGUUUCAGAGGUCAGUUCACGUCUGGGGAGAGCUGGUACUCUUGGGGUAGGAAAAGCUGUUGAGGUCUUGGACACACUUGGGAGUAGCAUGACGAAUUUAAACCCCAACAAUGGAUUUGCAUCUACUGUUGCAACCAAAGGCAAUGAACUUGGAAUUUUGGCUUUUGAGGUGGCAAACACCAUUGUUAAAGGUUCUAACCUUAUGCAUUCCCUUACAAAAAGAAAUAUAAUGCAUUUGAAAGAAGAAGUGCUUUCUUCAGAAGGUGUGCAAAAGCUAGUAUCAAAAGAUAUCGGUGAACUCUUGAAUAUUGUUGCAGCUGACAAGAGGGAAGAAUUGAAAAUCUUUUCAGGAGAAGUUGCUCGUUUUGGAAAUCGAUGUAAAGAUCCUCAAUGGCACAACUUGGACCGUUAUUUUGUAAAGAUUGGCAGAGAUCUUACUUCUCGAACGCAAUUGAAGGAAGAUGCAGAAUCUGUGAUAGAGCAUCUGAUGACUUUAGUUCAAUAUACAGCUGAACUAUACCAUGAAUUGCAAGUGUUGGAUAGAAUUGAACAAGAAUGUCACCGGAAGCGCCAUGAGGAUAAUGGCACAGUUGCAGGUCAAAAAGGUGAUACCCUUGCAUCAUUGAGAGUAGAACUCAAAAGCCAGAAAAAGCAAGUUCGAAACUUAAGGAAAAGGUCACUAUGGUCCAGAAGCUUGGAAGAGGUGAUGGAGAAGCUUGUAGAUAUUGUCCACUUUUUACUUUUGGAGAUUCACAACAUCUUUGGAACUGUUGAUAGUGAUGUAUCAAUCAAAGCAUCUAUGAACAAUCACCAGAGAUUGGGACCUGCUGGACUUUCUUUGCAUUAUGCAAAUGUAGUUAUGCAAAUUGAUUCUCUUGCGGCUCGAUCAAGUUCUAUGCUUCCAAAUACAAGGGAUUCAUUGUACCAGAACUUGCCACCCAGUAUAAAAUCUGCUCUACGUUCCAAAAUACAAUCUUUUCAGGUUAAGGAGGAGCUCACAAUUACAGAAAUCAAAGAUGAGAUGGAAAAGACUUUGCAGUGGCUUGUCCCUAUGUCCACGAAUACAGCUAAAGCACAUCAUGGUUUUGGUUGGGUUGGGGAAUGGGCAAAUACUGGGUCUGAGGUUAAUCGGAAACCUGCUGCUGGGCCAGGUGAUAUAAUUCGGAUUGAAACACUCCACCAUGCAGACAAGGAGACAACAGAAGCCCAUAUUCUAGAACUUGUACUGUGGCUGAACCAUCUGAUCAACAAAUCCAAUUUUGGUGCUGGUGGUGAUGGCAAGAAGUUGCCUAUCAAGUCUACAAUUUGCAUGCCGCUUGAAAAGUUGAAUGAGCAACCAAAGCAUGAGUCACCAAAUGUUCCUUCAUUAACUAUUGAAGACCACUUAAUGUUAAAGGUUGUAAGUAAGAAAAAACGGACACGAGGAAUUAGUAAGAGUCAGGACUUCGAGUCUGGGAAGACAGGGUUGAGAAAACAUGAUAGACUUAGUAAGAGCAGCAACUAUUUCCCUAAAAAUGAAAGCAAGGACCCCGUCAUCGUUAAAUGGCCUCCUUCUGUAGUACCAAUUGUUGGGUUUGGUAUUGACAAGGAGAAAGCUUUGGAUGUGAUUGACAGAGUUGAAGUGGUUAGAUAAAUUGCAGUGUGUGAAGGAGAUGUAUACAUAAUAUUGCUGCACUAUCAAAUGUCACACUGCACCACACAGUAUCAUUUUGAACGGCCCAGAUCUUAUGAUCCACAAUGCAAAGGGUAGUGUUAGUUCUACUUCAUACAUCUGCUUGAUUGUGAAACAAUUGUCUACAGAAAAAUAGAUGCUGUUUGUUUGCUGGUUUAUCUCUGACUGUCUGCUUUCUAUAGCUUAGAUUGGUUUGUAGAGAGUGCUACGAUAUCCAUACAAUAUUUUAUUUACUAAAGUCUAUUUACGUAUAAAACCUUGAGUUUUUCAAAA